UAUAUAGAUACAAAUAUAUUCGACUAGUUUAAGAAGCAGCAUACCCUUAUGAAACUCGCUUAAGCAGGUUUAUAAACUUGCCGUUAACUAAUCCAACAAAUCCACGCUCGAAUUAACAUUCACAACAAGAUAACAAUCUUAAUGGAAAGUAAAUGUAUAUUUAUUUUAGUUAAAUUGAACUGCAUGCAAGACAAAUCGAUCAGUCAGUUUUCAGAGCAACAGAAAUGGAGGUGAAUAAAUUGAUCAGUCUGUGGCUGUUGUGGCUGAGCAUAGUAAUUGGCUUGGUGGAAGGCAAAUUCAAGAGCCUGUCUUGCAGCAGCUUUGACCAGCAGUUGGGCAACUUCAGCAGGUGCGAUAUUAAGGCUUUGAGUCGCACCCGAAACACAAUUGAUAUUACCUACGAUGUCUUUGGCUCGUUCAACUCUGCGAAUGUGCAAAUUGCCUUCUUCAAGCGCGCCAAUGGCUGGCGUCCAUUCCUCUACGACUUCACGAUAAGCGUGUGCAAGUUUCUGCGUAGACCCUACCAUAUCAUUGCGAUAAUCGCCUUUGAGUAUCUGAAACCCUUCACCAAUUUAAAUCACACCUGCCCCUAUAAGCCUGGCACCUCGGUAACUAUCCGCAAUUUCGAUCUGAAUGUGGAUGCGUUGCGCUCUCGUUUUCCCUUUGAGAAUGGCGAAUACGCAGUUAGCGUAUCUUUUCUGAUUAAAAACAACUUGAAGCUAUCGAUAAACGGUUCGAUCUAUCAUUUUAACUACAGGGAGCCCUAACCUAACUCAAAUGUGUAAAAUUCGUGUAAAACGGACGUAUAUCACAAUUCUGCUGAGCGCCUUUAAGAGAACAUUUUAAUCAUGAAACGUACAACUUUGCGGAAUCGUGCAUCUUUACGGAUUCUUACUUCCAAUUUGCAAGCUUUAGUCAUUUGGACUUUGUCACUUCCUAGUGGAAACUUUUUAAUUUCAAAUGAAAGACCAAACUUUCACAAAGAUUGCACUGGCUGCUAGCGUGGAAGAUUUGACUAAAAUACCAGGCCAGCAGCAUGUGCAAAUAGCAAAAUUCAUUGCAUACCGCAAGGGGCGCCAGUAUUUGGCUGAAUUGCCGGGCGAACAGCAAUGCCCAACAAGUGACGAAAUUUAAUUUUUUUUGAUAAACGAAAGCCGAUUUGAGGACAACUUUGCCCUAUUCGGCUGUGAUCCCACAAGUUUGCUUUCCCUUAUCCCCUUGCCGCUAACAAAGGCCAACUUCCGGCGUAAAUGAGGCCACGGGCUCUGAACUACUGCAGCCUGCUCGCUAUUUUACCAGGCGAUUGGAGGAUAACAAAAUCUGCAACUUGUUGGGACGGUUUAGGAGCAACAACUGCGGACGGGUUCCGAACUACUUCGAUUAUUAUUUUUUUAAUUGGCUCUCCAAUAUGUGGAAUACAAUUAGUGUAAUCCUUAGAUUCUUGAAUGCUGAUCGAUGCAGUUCGUCCUUAUGAUCCUAAUGCACCAAGCCAUUUGAAAGUCCACAAGGAUAUGGCCGAGCUAUGACAAUUUCCCUUAAAAGGACAUAAAUCUCUAAAUUAGCCACAACAUGACCAUUUUAAGGACUAUCACGAUGUCCUUUGGUGAACCAAACGUCCGCAUCGUCCCAAUUUGGAAUAUACUUAGUAAUGGACAAAAUUCCUUUAAACAGUCCAGAAAAGAGGACCUUUGUCUGUAGAGAAAAUAUGCCAUAGCUUGGGUGUAUCCUUGCAGAUAGUGACAAGUCCUUUUUUAAAUAUCAUGUAGAGAUCAGAGCUAUUAACUAUCCAAAUUGCAUUGAAAUCGUCCUCGUAGUUUCCAAAUUUUGGCUAUUUGUCUUAAAAGGAUAUUAAUUCAAAAAUCGGUCAUAACUUGACCAUUUUAAGGACUAUCGAGAUGUCCUUUAGUCAACCGAUAGUCCUUAUCCUCCCGCCUUAGAGUUAACAAAUAGAUAGGAGAAAGUCCUUCAAACAGCCAUGAAAAAAGGACAUUUGCCUUGCAUUUGAAUAUAUGCUAUAUAUAGGCCGUGUCCUUGCGAAUCCUUACAAGUGUUAUGUCAAACAACCCGUAGGUACUAGGACUAUCAACUGGCCAAAGGACAUCAAAAUCGUCCUUGUGGUUUCAGAGAUAUGGCUAGUUUUCUCCCAAGGACAUUUUGUUUUUAGCCAUAGCUCGGCCAAAUCCUUAAGGAUAUCGGAAGGAUAUACCUUUUUGAGAUCGUCAGGAGCAGGACUAUGGAUUGGCAUUCAAAGAUUUUCAUAUUUCGACAAAAAUUUUCACCAAAAUUUUUCCUAGGGGUUUGGUCACAAAAUUGGCCAAAACCGAAAAUAUCCGGGCUAACUUCGCCAUUUGAAGGACUAUCGGGAUGUCCUUUGGCCAGCAGAUAGUCCCCACCCUCCCAUUUAAGAAAUUACAGCCCAAAGGACGAAAGUCCUUCAGACAAAAAAGUUUUAAGGACAAUUUUGGGUAAAGAAAAUAGGCUCUAACUCGGCCAUAUCCUGGAGUAUCCUGGCAAAUCAUGUGUCAAAAAAAUUGUAUUGACUAGGACUACCAACUGGCCAAAUUGCAUCAAGAUCGUCCUUGUAGUUUCCAAGAUAUUAAGGAUUUUGUGAUUUUCACUCUUUUUCGGCUUAUUUCCGGGCGCCCCGAGACUGAAAAUUUACUAAGUACAUGAUUCUUAGAUGACCCCAUAAUGUUUUGAUGCAGAUCGAUGCUGUUGCUCCUAAAGAUCCUAACGCACCAUGUCCUUUGAAAAUCUGCAAGGAUAUGGCAGAGUUAUGGCUGUUUUUUUAACCCAAAAUACUCUAUAUAAUUUUUAACUUUUUUCAUUCAAAUGUGAUUUUAUCCUUACAGAUUGAUGAUUUCAAGGAACAGCAAUCGAUUCCAAGGACUUUCACGAAUCCUACAAGGAUAUACAUUCCAAGAUCUGACUUUUUACACGCUAGAUAUAGCCAAUUUAUGUAAAAAUGAGCUACAAAUGUUAUUUAUGCUCGCAACUGUUAAAUUUCAAGUUUUUAAUAAGAACUAC